GCGCCCGAGGGCUUCCUGAACUUCGGCAAGGUCCCGCUGGGGGGCGGCUUCGAGCUGAACCUCGACAUCCCGGAGACCGGCAUCGUCAACAUCGCCGUGCUCAUCGCGGGCCUCCUCUACCUGCUCGGGCCCCUCCUCAGCGAGUCGAUGGCCACGCGCGAGAAGGAGAUCCAGGGCGACAUCGACGACGCCAUCGCCAAGUUCAACGAGGCGACCAGCCGCCUGGCAGAGGCGGAGAAGGCCCAGGCGCAGGCCAACGAGGUGAUCGCGGAGAUCAACGCGAGCAUCGACAAGGACAAGGCCGAGUUCGAGGCCUCCCUGAAGGCCAACAUGGAGAACACGCUCGCCCGCCAGGAAGCGGCCGCCAAGCAGGCCAUCAAGGACAUGGAGGAUGGUGCGGCAAGCCGCAUCGAGUCCUACAUCAGCACCACGGCGAUCGAGCGCGGGAUGAAGGAGCUGAAGGCCCUGGAUGCCAGCAAGAAGGACAAGUACAUGGACAUGGCCAUCGAUGAGCUGUGA